CAAAAAUAUGAGAAACAGCCUAGUCACCAUUUCCAUCUUCUCCUCUCCUACAUUUCUUACACGAGAGAGGAUAGCCAAAGAGCGCUCUCUCUCUCUCUCUCACACACACACACAAUAUAUGUAUAAACUAUAUAUACAGAAAUACUUAUAUUUCGCACACAACACACGCACAUAUCGACUCCUAUAUUUACCCAUUUUGGAUGUGAAAAUCGAUCUCUACGGGCCACACCAUCUUGGUUUUCUCUCUCUAUCACAUAACACAGAAUAUAUAUAAAUAUAUAAUCUCUGGCAAUUCUAACUAGGACCGAAUUUUGGUAAACAAGAAAAAGAAAAAGAGAAGAAAAGAAGAGGGCCUUCAGCCCUCUGCUUCCCUAUCUAUGCCUCCUCUCAGAUCUUGAAUUCAAUCCAUUUUUCUUCUAGGCUUAGAGUGUUUGGGGGUUUUGGAUUGUGGCUGCUGUUGAUUUUCGAUCUGUUGAAGAUCAGAUGGUCUCCUGUUGAACACAAGAGAUUGCCCAUUUCUCAUCUGAGUAGGUUUCUGUUGUAUUUUGUUGCUGUAAGGUGUGCGCACAAUGGAAAUGGAACCGGGGAAGCUAUUCAUUGGUGGGAUCUCUUGGGACACGAGUGAGGAGCGUUUGAGAGAGUAUUUUCAAACUUUUGGUGAAGUAGUCGAAGCUGUGAUCAUGAAGGAUCGCGCCACUGGCCGUGCCCGUGGUUUUGGUUUCAUCGUUUUUGCUAAUGCUUCUGUUGCUGAGAAAGUUGUCAAGGAAAGGCACGUCAUAGAUGGAAGAACUGUGGAGGCAAAGAAGGCUGUUCCUAGGGAUGAUCAUCAAAACUACAACAGAAACAGUGUCAGCAUCCAUGGCAGCAUCCAGGGGUCCCCUGGUCCUGUUCGUACAAAAAAGAUUUUUGUAGGAGGUUUAGCAUCCUCAGUCACAGAAAGUGACUUCAAGAGGUACUUUGAUCAAUUUGGAACAAUAACAGACGUUGUCGUUAUGUAUGACCACAAUACUCAAAGACCUAGAGGUUUCGGGUUUAUCACUUAUGAUUUGGAGGAAGCAGUGGAUAAAGUCCUUUUCAAAACUUUUCAUGAACUUAAUGGAAAGAUGGUUGAGGUUAAGCGUGCUGUUCCAAAGGAGUUAUCUCCUGGAUCAACACGGAACCAACCUAGUGGUUAUAACUACGGGCUCAACAGAGUAAGCAGUUUCCUUAAUACUUAUAGUCCAGGACAUAAUUCUAGCUCCCCAAGUGGCUAUGGAAUGAGAAUGGAUGGUCGAUUCAGUCCUGUGGCUGUAGGUCGAAGUGGAUAUUCCCCCUACAGCAUGGCUAACAUGGGUUUGAAUUCAGACUCUGGGUUUGGUUUAAACAGUGGGGCAAGUGCUGAUUCUGGCUUUGGCUUUGGACGUGGGAUGAACUCCUAUUAUAGUGGAAAUGCAGAUCGUUUUGGAAGUCCCAUUCGCUAUGAUGGGGGUGUUACUGGAAAUGGGCCUAUGUUGAAUACUAAUGGUCGAAAUUUAUGGGGCAACGGGAAUCUCAACUAUGGUUCAAACUCAAUGAUGUCAAAUGCAUUUGUUGGCCCAGGAACUGGAAAUGCGGGUUUAGUUGGUGGUCUUGGAAGUAUUGGGGAGAUUUGGGGCGCCUCUCCUACUUCAUCCCAAGGCGGAGGAAAUGCUUCCCUCAGCAGUGGAAAUUUCGGCUAUGGCAUUCAGGAAAACAAUUUUGGUGGUAGGGCUGGUUAUGGUAGAAACAAUGGUAGCAUUGUUGGCACAACAUCUUCAUACUCAGCCCCAAACAACAUCCGUGAUGGAGGUUUGGGAAACUUGUAUGAGAGAGAGUCCUUUUAUGGGGACCAUGCUUGGCAAUCAUCUUCUCCCGAGCAUGAUGGUUCCGUCCCUUUUGGUUACGACCUUGGUGUCACUGCAGAUGCAGCACCAAACAAUUCUGUCGGUUAUGUCGGAGGUUAUAGCGUUAAUGCUAUGUCAAAUAGAGGUAAGAAUUUCAACUUGAUCUGUACUCUCUCCUCUGCUUAAAUAUCGUAUAUUGUACAUAACGCGUUCAUUUAAAGCAGGGAUGGCAGCCUAGGACAUAUUACGGUAUGGAUACUUAACGAUUGUAGAGGCCAUAUAUACAAGUGGAACACGAUGAUGGUGUUCCUUGGUGAAGAUACUUGAGCCUAGAAGUACAUUGUUCUAGACAAGUCAAGAAAAAGAUUUCAUGUAAGGUUUGAACUCGAGCUUUUGAAUAUAGGCUUUUUGUUUUUGGUAAUUUGUUUGAGAUGUGCAAUGGAGUUGCAUCAAGAAAAGAAAAGAAAAGAAAAGAAAAAAAAAAGUAUAUUAUGAUUGACAUGAGAAGCCUCCAUUCUUUUGUGUAGACUUUUUUUUUCUAUCAUUUUUGUGCUGUAAGUCCCCUCUUCUAGUUCUACAACACUUUGAUUCGCUUGGCUAAGCCAUCCCACUUUACUAAUAUAACGUUUUCUUCUUCCCCAAA